GCUACUCAGAUUUCUGUAAAAACUAUUUUUAGUGGACUUGGAAUCAAUUUAUAGAACGCGGUUGUAUUUAUGGAUGAAUAAUGGUGAAAUAAGAAUAAAAUCAAGAACACUCGAGUUUCGAAUACUUCAAGAAUAAGAUCACAGACUUCCAGCAACAAUUAUUUUAUUUUUGUAUAUAUUAUAUGAAAAAGGAUAUAUUGGAUUUUCUCGCCCUUAAAAUUAAUUUAAUUCGAACAUACGCGUUAGUAAGUCAAGUCAUAGUGAUGAAAGCCUCCCGUCAUCAAUCUAGCCAUAUGAAAUGAAGCUGUUAAAUUGGCUGGUUGCACGAUCCUUUAUUCAGCAUAGUAAUUUCCUUGAAGUUUUACAAAAAGGAGAUUUACCUAUAACAACGGUCUACAACGUGUCACGUUUUUCCUGGUACACUUUUUGGGUCAAUGGUAUCGUAUAUUACACUAAAGUGGAAAAAAUAAACAUUCGUGUGAACGCUACCGUGUGAUUUUUUAAGAGCAAAACCAAGGAACACAAUAAAAUCGAACAUCAAAUAUCGUUGAGCCUUUGUUUGUGCUUUUUGCAAAUACAAACACCAAUUCAAGACAUUGAGGAUUUCACUGAGAAUUUGUAGUUUGUCACUCCUGAGGAAGUAAAGCGGUAUUGGGUGUUGUAGCUGGUUUUCACUGAAACAAAGUCCAUCAAUGGUCACAACUACAGUUCUACUGUAAGUCCAGCUUAAACGGCAGAAGAUGGUCGGACAAUUCACCUACAUAAUUUGCUUUGCAUUGUUAACAAAGGCCUUUGCUACGGAUGGCGCUUGCUACGAAUCGAGGAAAGUGUAUGCUGAUGCUCCUAUCGGUUCGGUGGCGGUGGAACCACAACAACUCCAAUUUUGCUCUUCGUUGACAUACAACUGCACCUCAUUUUACAUCAAUAAACUCAUAGUCACUUAUAGCAAUCUCACUAAUGUACAACCAGCAACUCCCAUAUUGAUAUGCUCUGCUAGGUCCGGAGACUCAAUCUCCAACUUAUUUUGCUGGAAUCAAUCUCGACAAGCAAUCGUUGUAGCAGCUUCAGUGUCUAAGUUUCGUGAUAUUCUUCCGGAUGGACAUUUCUUGUACACAAUAGUUAUUGAUGGUCGAAAAACCUGUUUCGUACGGGUGGAUAUAGAAGAUGACACGACAGUUGUGCCAACAACAGCAACGGCCAACGCAACAAGCGUCAUUACAUCGAGGCUACCAAUGAAUUCGAGCACAUCACCCAACAACACCGCUGUAUCUAAAACAAACAGCUCUAUGACGAUGCCCUUCAAUACGACACGAACAACAACACAGCCAAAACCGUUUGUUGAAAUGCUCCCGAUGAAAGAAUCUGUUGUCAACGCCUCACUUGUCACAGCGAAGGAUGCUCGAUUGCAGUGCAGCUACAUUUGCAGAAACUGUGCUCAGAAAAAGCCUACCUUCAGAUGGGAAAAAGAUGGCUGGCCUAUCAGUAGACUGAGAAAACAAAUUCAAUUUGUAAAAUCCAAUAGAAGUCAUGUAAUUGAGAAACUGGACUUGGUGCAAACGCAGAUUAUAGACCUGACUGUAGUGGACCCAUAUGUUCAAGGCUAUUACAGAUGUGUUGUUGAAACAGACCAGCUAUUUGCAGGGAACAACACCCUCCUAUGGUUGAUAGAUGUAUCGACGAUGAUAUGGGAAAUUUUGGCAAAUAAUUCAACUUUUGUAAAACUGGAAAACAAGACGAUUUUGAAACUUGACGAGUUUGAAAAUAUUUUUAGCAUAAGUCUGACCAAGACAUUGAAAAGGAACCGGUUGGCAAGAAGUAAAUUCGACCUUGUCGUUCAUAAAUGGCAGAAUAAUUCUUUGGUGACAUUUAAUGGAUCCAGAGUACGGUUCACAGCCUUCUAUCGAAACGUAACAGAUAAAGAAAAGCUUAGGAUUUGUAGAAUCGUCCACGAAGGAAAGCUGACAAGCAAAUUUAACACAACAAGUCUUGACUGCUGCAUGCCUUCAGUAACUGGCGAAGACACGUCAUCAGCAGCUGGUGAAAUCCAUUGGCCUGUCGCCCUACACGGGACAAAAGUUGCAAAACAGUGUCCUUAUAGCAAACCAAAUCAACCAAAAACUGCCUAUCGUUAUUGCAAAACUGAUUUUGCCAAAGGACCCACUUGGCUGGCACCUGAAACUGCAGAAUGUCCUGAACCUUCACAACUCACAAAAAACCUGAAAAAAUUAGCUGAGCAAAAGGUAACUGAAGGCAAUAAAAAAGCAACUAUGAAAGAACUGCGGAAGCUGACAAGAAAGGCGGAUAACUUCACAAAUGAACUUGACGUUGGGUUUUCAACCGAUAUUUUGGAAAAUGUUGUAAAUAUUCCUGAUGAUCAAAAUACGGUUCUUGAUGACUUUCUGGGAACCACCAGUGAUCUGAUGAAUGUCAAUGCCCAGUUGCUACUAGAAUCACAAAAUACCAUGAACACGUCUACAAGGGUGCUGCGGUUGCUUGAAAGAAUUUCUGACGGAAUUCAGAUGAAUUCAACGCUGACCAACGAGCAAGAAAAUAUGGCCUUUGGAAUUAAUAUAUUCAAAAAUCGAAUGGUUAAUGAUGGACUUACAAUUCUGGGUUUUAGAAAUGAAACGACCCAGCUACCCCAGUUAAUGUUUAGCGAAGGAAAGCUUUCAAAGAAGACAGCGAUGAUGGCCUAUGUCUAUCUAUCGCCUGCCUCACUUCAAAAGAUAAACAAAAAUGGGAGUUUGAAAAACACGAGGCUGACUAGUUUCUUUUUCAAUAAACCAGUAUUUUUUCAAACAUUAGAUGACAGCAAAAAUAAAUCAAAGAGAAGAGAUAUCAUAAAUGGUAAAAUCGUGUCUGUUAUGAUGAAUGGUAGGACGAUUCAAGAUCUGAAGGGUGACGAGGAAAUUCAGAACUACUUUCAGCCAAACGCUACUGGAAGAAUCAAGUGCGUUUAUUGGAAUUUCAAAGCCAAAGGUGGCAAAGGUGAUUGGUCAACUAAAGGCUGCAUAUUAAAAGGGCUUCACAGUGGUGUAUAUCAAUGCAGUUGCAAUCAUAUGACGAAUUUCGCGAUUUUGCUGGAUGUCACAACAAGACCCCUUACUAGCACAGAGUACAAGUCCCUAAGUAUCGUCUCAUAUAUUGGCUGCAUAAUUUCGCUACUUGGACUUUUAGCCACUGUUGUCACUUUUUCGUCCUUCAGGAACCUGCGAACCAGCACUGCAAACAGAGUUUUACUUCAUUUAUCAGUAUCUUUGAUGAUGACUAUGGUGAUAUUCCUCGUUGGAAGCCUUGUGACAUCAACAACUGGAUGCAAGAUUAUAUCGACACUUUUACAUUACUUUGUCUUGGCCUCGUUCUGUUGGAUGGUGGUAGAAGCAUUCAAUAUCUACCGCAGCUUCGUUGUGGUUUUUCCUAAGGGAUCCUCAAAGUUUUUACUCCAAGCAAGCAUCUUUGCAUGGGGAACACCUCUAGCUAUUGUGCUUACUUCAGCUGUCGUUUCGCAGCUACAGGGUUAUUAUAGCAGCUCUAACUCUGGUGGUCAGUGGAAGUGUAUGGUAGCUGGUCUUGCAUUCUACAUCGCGUAUUUAACACCAGUGAGUUUGAUCCUGUUCAUCAAUUUCCUCGUGCUAAUUAUCACGAUAAUUUCACUGGGCAGACAGUCUGCAUAUAUCCCUAACAAAGGAAUGAAAAGAAGAUCCAAAACAAAAAUUGCCGUGUUCUUCUCAGUUCUUCUCGGCUGCACCUGGAUUUUCGGCCUUAUUGCAAUCGAGGAUUUGAAAUUCACAUUCCAGCUUCUUUUUUGCAUCUUCAACUCACUACAAGGAUUUUUCAUUUUCAUCUUCUUUUGUGCGAAGAACGAAGAUGCGAAGAAAGAGUGGAAAAGAGUUUUUGAACGGAGUUGCACUCGCAGAAGAAAGGUAAAAGAACAAAUUCCUGGAAGCUGGAGUGAUUCUAAGAAUCAAACUAUCAAAAUGGAUUACGCAAGUAGUUGGCCUAGUGAAUCAAUUAAUCGUUAAGAUUAAAAGAACAAAGCUUGCCAGAGUCUUAACACACAAAAGGUCAAAUGCUUCUUGCAAAAAACCUUUGUGUUCUUGAAUAUCAAAACAUUUUUAAUGAUAAAUUCCAGGAAAAUCUAUAAAUCUGUCAAGUGUUUUUGAUUAUUUAUUUGGAUAGCUAAUUUUUA